AUGGAUUCUGCUCUGCUGUGCAAUUUGAGGGGAGGGAGCCGGGAUGUUACUCUGCAUCUGCGUCUGCUUCAUAUGUGGCUCGCAAAUACGCCUUCGGGUUCAAGGAUUUUCAACCACUGUUGGCUGUGGGCUUAUCAGAUGGUGAGUGUUUGUGAACCGUUUGCAUUCUAUGGCAUAUUAAAUCAUUUGGGGGUGGGGUCCUUGGAUUGAAUGCUGAUCCAGUCGAUUGCUGAUCCUGAGAUGGCGGCAGAUACGAAGCGCGCUCUUCGCGUUGGUGCCAUCUAUGUUGUCAGCCGUUGUAGGGCAGAUGUCAUUGGUCACUUGCAUGCCAUCGGCGGCGUUGGGCAUCAGAUCACCGAGUUUGGACCUACUCCCAAGCAGAUGUUGGUGCUUGAGAAUCAUAUGGGUGAGACAGUUACCAUCACUCUUUGGAAUGAACUUGCUACUAUUCUUGAGCGUGUUGCUUUAAUCCAAGCUGACUUGAUUGAGCCUGUUGUUUCGGGAGUCUCAUGCUUUGGGGGGGCGAGGGAUCCUGUGGCGGAGUUGCCAGUGCAGUUUGCCACGGCUGAGGCAAAUGCUGCUGAUGCUGCAAAUAGUGCCCGAACCAUAGCUGACCUGUUGGACCUUCAUACUCUCGGAGGAUCUGUGGAUGCCAAGUACCAUUGUAGUGGAUUUGUUAAGUCUGUUGAGUCUCGAAAUCCCUGUUAUAAGAUGCAGCUGACUUUGAGGGACUCAACCGGGGAGGCUCCAUUUAUAGUUUUCGGUUCCUGUGGCAAGAGAACAUAAUCUGUUCUCACAAACAUCUGAAUGACAUAUUUUGAAUCAUUACCAAGUACCUCAUUAUUUGGC